UGAAAACCUGGUGGUGAACUUCGCGACACAAUUUACUUAUCUUAUCUUAUUGUUAGUUUUCUUAGCUUUUUAAAAUUUUAAUUUCGAGGUAUGAUAAGAUGAUUAAGAUGUCCAAAACGUAUUUGCAUAUGAUGGAUUCUGGGACUGGGAUAAUCUGAUGAUACUCUGAUCCAUAUAAUUACUUACGCGCAUCCUUCAUUGGCAUAGAUCUGCCAGGGGGUAGUCGCUGCAACUUCUUGACUUCUAAAUAUUCUGGAAGACUAUUCGUUGGGAAUUUGGUAUAAUUACAGUAGAAUUUGAAAAUGGUGGUUCCUGAUAGCGACUGUGAUAGUGUCAAAGAUAUCCUUCCUUCCCACUGGGAAGCUGCUGGUUUUGGUUCUCCUUGUAAGUCUGGUUCCAGUGGAAAGUGUUCGUUGACUGCGCGUACGGAGUCUUGUGCUGCACCAGUGGAGAACAUUUCCGACAAUUUGAAAAGAGAUCUAACAUCCUUAGAGAAAUCUCUGCAAGGUUUAAAUCCUUCUGCUCUGUCGAAGGGCGAUUUGGAAGUCGCAUACCAGAAAGCUAAGACAGAGCUUGAGCGUCUGAACGGUGUGUUUGUCGAUGCAGCGAGUUAUAUUCCAGCAUACGAUCAGCGCUUCUUCCAGAGCCAUCUGCAAAAUACCAAUAAACUACUAUCCGAGAAACUUCAGGCGAAGAAGAGCGGUGGUGGCUUUUCUUUUCGGAAAGGUGCUACGGCUCCUGCAUCCGGUAGUGAAGUGAAACCUGUGAGUGAAAUCGUGGUGGAUCAGAAUCUUGUCAGUCCUGUUGAAAAUGGAGCUAAGCUAUUAACAAAAAGCUCCGGUGAAUGCCAUGUUCCGAGCGUAUCAGAUUCUGUGAAAAAUGGAAGUAGUCACCUGCCUGCUGCGACAUCAGAAGUGGACAGCGCUUUCUCGUGUGGCUUUAGUAAUGUUGCUAACUCCAAGUUGCGACUGCCGAGGAAAUCGCUGACUAAUAAGGAUGUAAAUCUGACAAAUAUGAACAGCUGCGAAAUCCUGCUGGAAUCCGGAGCCUCUACUGUGUACAUGAAUAAUCUUCGCGAUUGCACUAUAAUCUGCGGUCCGGUCCGUACAUCGGUAUUUAUAGCCGGCUGUUGCCGCUGCACCAUUGUUGCGGCAUGUCAACAACUGCGUGUGCACAAUUCUUCGGAUUUGCAAUGCUACGUCCACCUGGCCAGUGCUGGCAUAAUUGAAAACACAACGAAUGCACAAUUUGGACCCUACACAUUGCGGUAUGACGGUUUGGAAAAAGAUUUCGAAGCAGCAAACCUUGCACAGGAGGAGAAUAACAACUGGCAGAAUGUGCAAGAUUUUGACUACGUUGUGUCUAAAAAGCGUUCUCCCAAUGUUAGAAUCAUUCCCGAGAGCGAACGAGCGGUUUUCAAGAUUUGAUAUGAUUUGUUUGAUCUGUUUUGUAAUUUUAUGCCAAAUUAGUUACUUUUUGGUACUGGUAUUUGGCAAAUUGGCACUGAGUUCCGUGUGAUUGUUUUGCUUGUUUCCAUAAAAGUUUUUUAAUGUUAUGCUGAAUUUUCUACACAGCGCUUCACUACCUCACUGUGUAUGGUACUUGUCGAGUUGUCAUUGACGUAAAUUAAAAUUAUUAAAUGU